UCUCUUUCCCGCCUCGCAAAUUUUAUUUCUUUGAUUGCCGGCAAUAACAAACAUUAAGGACUGUUUUAUAUACUGCUCAAUAUUAAAGCAUCUUCCACCUACAUGAGGCCGAAACGACAGGUAAUUAUUCAAACUGGAUGCUCACAGAAGAAAAGCGAAAGUGUGCAACGUCAUUCGACUUACAGAUGUGGUCGAUGGAUCAUCCGGGAAUGGUUUUGUACAGACAGCAUCCAAAUGCUAUGCGCAAGUUUUAUUGGUACGGCAACAGAACCCCUAUUUUGGUUGGGAAAAUGCGGCUGAAAAACUAUAUGCGGAGCAUGCAGAUGCUACCAAGAUAUGUGCACCCACAUGUUCCGUACCACGAAGCCUAUGCCAACUCAAAGAGGAGCGUCUUCAGGGACUUGAACAACGUUCAUGGCUUCAGAACCACGUCCACUCCUUCUACCACCACCACCGUGGAUUAUGUGGCAGCCCCUGUCAACACAAUUGAGUAUAGUUCGGGGCCCGUAAGCCCUCCAGUGGAUUUCAGUAUAGCUCCCGUAAACGCUUUCGUGCCCCUAGCUGCGGGAACAGUGUCAAAGGCAGAACGCCUGAUGGGCGUUAUGAGUCCGUGGAAUCAUUCCGACUACUCCGACGAAAGCUGGAAAAAUUGCCCAGGAAACUGCUUUAAAAACUCGUUCCCGGACUACCCAAAAGACCAAUAUAGCUCCCACAGCAUGCCCAGUGAACAGCCAGUGACCACGACAACUGCAUUGCCGUACUUUAAUUAUGUUGCUCACACCUACUUUACCCUGGACGACGUAAUUCUACCCCAUUCCGCAUCGAAAUUCACUAAAACUCCAACAGAGGAACAACAAUUUCGACCAAGUCACGCAGAAUUCACUACUGAAACUCCUCAAGGGCUUUUCACAGAACGAUUACAGCGCACCACGCAGCCCCUUGCAACUAGCACUGCAACCACCACUGAAUUUACACCAGCUAAAACAACCUUUUUCGAUUUCGAAUAUAGCACCAGACCGAUUUGGUUUAGUUCGACAACCUCAACUACUACCACUACCGAGCCUGCACCUACGGUUUCUCAGAAACCUCAAAUUUGGACAACACCACAACCGACUCAAAGUAUCUUUACCACAGCGAGUACUACAACACAAUCCUACAAACAUAGACUAAAAUCGCUGAAAGCCACCAAAAACUUCUCGUCGAACAUUGAAACUAAACUGAAAUUGCUGAAGCUUCAUCUUAAAAAUUUAGUUACGACCAGAGAAACUCCUAGAAACAUUCAAAAUCUUACCACAUCGGCUGUUAUCGAAAGUAGUACCACAUUACCGGAUGCCAUUACUAGUACACCCACUACCCCUACAAGAAGAACAAAUGUGAACAGAAAAUUGAGAAAACUACGAGUGCUGGCAUCGACUAAAAAGGUUCCGGUUCAAACAUCUAGGAAUUCUACGAACUCCAAUAAAACCAAAGUGGAAUAUAAAAAGUCAAAGCGAAUUUAUCAAAGGCGCAAACACUUAAACUCCACCGCAGCGCCAGUACCAACGAUGAACACAACAAUCGUAUCGAUUGACAACGAAUCGAUAAACAAGUUUAAACGCCGAACAACGGCAAGCACGCAAAAAUCAACAGUUAUUGAUGAAAAUGUAAUCGUGCGAAACUCGACGAAAGCUAAUCGUCACACAGCUGCAAAAUCUCGCGCCGACGGAGUCCCAGAAGAAAAAUCGCAACUAGUCACAGAAUCGGCAAUAAUGACCAUUUCCAGCGGCACGCUAAGAAUGAGGCAGCCGGUAAUUCAAUUAAAGUCAAAGCAGCACAGCACCAGAAAAAUAAAACAUUUGGAAAACGAUAACUUCAUUCCAUCCCUGCCUAUCGAGGUGUAUUUUAAAAAAGUAAAUCAGCAGUAAACGCCGACAGUCUGAGAGUCAUUCAUAUAACAUGUGAAAAUAAACAGAGGAAUAUUAAAUAUUAUUUAUAA